AUGCCAACACGAACGUCACCUCAGCAAACUGUGCGGCCUCCCCGCCAUAAUAGAAUCUCACAAUUUUCAUCGCCAUUACCAUUCCUAGCGCGCCUCCUCGUCAGGCUUCGCAACCUUUGCAGCACGAACAUGGCUUCCUAUACAUCACUGAAACAAGUCAUCGACAAGGAAAAGUUCGAAUCGCUUAGUGACGAACAGCUUGUUGAGCUUGUAUAUUAUCAAUUUGAAUCUGUCAUCGAAAGACUCAAGAAUGUGGAACAAAACAUCGAGGGGGACGAUACGCAUCCCCAAGGCUUGCUAACCCGGACAGGCGUUGAGGGGAAAGCAGAUAAAGAUAAUCUCACUCCCUCUCGAUAUCUUUUCGACGAAGAUUACUCAGAGGUGAAUCGAACCUUGACUAAUGUUCUUGCGGUGCGAUGGCUGCUCGAUAAUGAUUACAGCACCUUCACUUGCCAUCAGAAGGAAUCCAUGAGGUUAAAGAGCGCAACAUUCAAUGACUUUCGCGAAUUGGCGAACCAUAUCCGAAAAAAGCCGGAUUGGCUGAUGGCCCUGAUUGUAGCUCUGGUUCUGGGUGACGUGGGUAAAGACCAUGGGCUAGCUAAAGAGGUGCAAGCCCGACUCCAGACUGUAUCAGACAAGGACAUGAACCAUGAUACAAUCCUCGAAAAGGCUCUUGAAUUAAGAAUCAUUGAUACUCCGUUGGAUCUUCUGCCGGCUCCUCGACGUGAUGUGCUUCGAGGAGUGAGGCUGGGAGCCAAGCUCAAUAUCCCGCAGCUAGCCCAAGGUGAGAACGUUCCAGGAAGCCUUCAAUGUCUUCAAGAUCUUCGAGGCCAGGAAAGUGCCUUUGAGUUGAAGUAUCUUGAGAUCAUGUUCGACGUGGCUGGUGCAGGGGCGCAUGUUGAUGCCUGCGGUUCAGUCCGGAUGAUUGAGCCGGUCUGUCAAUCAUUCCUACUUACUUACAAAAUCCUGAAGCGCGUUGUUUCAAAAAAGAUUACGAUUCAGGAAGCGUACAAUCAGGUCCUGCAAAACCGAGGCCGUAUCCUAUCUGAGAAGGGAUAUCCAAAGUUAUCCACAGAUGAUGAUAAAGAGCGGGCCCUCUUGCGCCUGUAUGCAAUGGGCAGGGUAGCAGAUAUCGACUUGGCAGAGCGCUUCCGCAAGGCCCUUCUCGGACUCCCCGAUGAUCAUAGAGCUGAACUUAUCAAAGAGCUUAAUCAGAGCGGUCUGGAAGAUGAACAAGCUGUAAUUCUUUAUUAUAUGCCUGCAUUGUUUGCGGAGUUACUCCGCCACACCCAGCAGGCUUCCGAGGAAACGCAAGUAAAAGCGCUGACGUCGCUAAUGGGCUUUAUGAGACGCACAUAUAUCGGAGCGAAGAAUGUUCCCGGUGAAACGAACCUCAUUAUUGAGUGUGACGUGUCUGGAGCAAAAAGCAAGAUUCAGGCACCGGAAUUCCCGGAAGAUCUUACUGGCUUGGAUGAGUAUACUCUCCCGUCGUUGGGUUCCAAAGAUCCUCAGUUUUGGUAG